CUCUCAUCAAAAACUCCUCAUUUCUCCUUCAACUUUCUCCUCAUCAGAACUCUCUCACUCUCAUCAAAGAAAAAAACAACACUAAAACUAAACAAUGGCGGUAAAGAGAUCUUCAAAGCUAACACAAACAGCAAUGCUAAAGCAAAUCCUCAAGAGAUGCUCGAGCUUAGGCAAGAAACAAUGCUACGACGAGGAAGGUCUCCCUCUUGACGUACCAAAGGGACAUUUUCCAGUUUAUGUAGGCGAAAAGCGAACGAGGUACAUCGUACCAAUCUCCUUCUUGACUCAUCCGGAAUUCCUGAUCCUUCUUCAACAAGCAGAGGAAGAGUUCGGAUUUCGCCAUGACAUGGGAGGACUCACUAUCCCUUGUGAAGAAGUCGUUUUUCUCUCUCUAACAUCCAUGAUCAGAUGAGAUAAGAAUAGAGAGAGAGAGUUUAAAUUAUGAUGAGAACUAAGAUUCUUUUGCUUUUUUGCCUUUGGAUAAAGAUUUCUUAUCCAAAUGGUUUUUUUUUUACGGACUAAACCUAUAAGAUCCACCCAAAAGAUCAUUCUCUACAUGGAUCAUGUAAAUCUCGGGUUUUAGUUCGUCAGUUAACGCCUUAAAUGGGUUUGCAUUUGAU